CGCGCGCGGCGUUUACUUUUUAUAACCGAGAAAUGGCGACCGCAGGGAUGACUGUUGAAGAUGAGACAGAGAUGGAAUUGGCCCAAAAGGGCCACAUUAAAGAAGAAUUUACUGAAUUUAAAACAGUGAAAAACUUGUUUCAGAGCCUUCCCAACAUAUACAAUGAUCAGAUUGGUGUGGAGUUAGCUCUGGAGCAGUUUACUGUGAUUGUGGAUGAGUACCAGGAGCAGCCUCAUCUGCUGGACCCUUACCUGGAGGAGAUGGUCCUGGACUUCCUCUCCAUCGGUAGAGACAUGAACCUUGACAGGAAGCUCUCCCAUCUUGCCUUCAAGUUCCUCUAUCUUCUCACGAAGGCUCGUGGACCUAAGGUCAUCGUUAGACUGCUACCCCAUGAGGUCGUGGAUCUGGAACCCACCCUUGCUCUCCUGAGUGCUCAAGAUCCUAACGAUCACGAGACUUGGGAGUCUCGCUACAUGCUACUGCUCUGGAUGUCCAUGAUAUGCAUGAUACCAUUUGAUAUGUCCAGACUGGACAGUGGUGUGGCCGGAGCAGGUGACCAGCAGACUAAAAGUCUACCCACCAUGGACAGGAUACUCAAUGUAGCUAAGAUUUAUCUUGGGAUGAGCGACAAAUGCAGAGAUGCAGCUGCCUUCAUGGUAUCAAGGUUUCUUACAAGACAUGAUGUUAAACAGAUGAGGUUACCUGAGUUUCUGGACUGGUGUCUGCAGACUGUCACAGAGGAAGGAAAAAAAGAAACCAUUACAUCAAUAUUCAAAAUGGCUGGAGUCUUGUCUGUCCUGGCUCAAUUGUUCAAGCUUGGCAAGAGAAGUGACAUCCUUCAAUAUGCUCCAGUUGUUUUGCGAGUGUCGAUGGAGUGUGAGCUAAGCAGUCAUAACAACACACAGAUAAGGAAGCUGUCUAUGAAACUGGUGCAGAGACUAGGCCUCACUUUUCUUCCUUCCAGAGUCAUGAAAUGGAGAUACCAAAGAGGGAGUCGAUCUCUGGCUGAAAACCUGCAGCCUGCCUCAGCUCCUGCUGGCAUAGCAUCAAAGACGACAGUAAGCAAGGAGGAUGAUUAUGAUGAUGAGAACUAUGACAUUCCAGAGGAGACUGAAGAUGUAAUAGAACAACUUCUGACCGGAUUGAAGGAUAAAGAUACAAUUGUCAGGUGGUCUGCUGCUAAAGGGAUCGGUCGUCUUACAGGGAGACUGCCCCAAGAGCUAGCAGAUCAGGUCGUAGGAUCAGCUUUAGAGUUAAUCAGUAUGAGAGAGUCUGAUGGAGCGUGGCAUGGUAGCUGUCUAGCCUUGGCUGAGCUCGGCAGGCGAGGGCUGCUUCUACCAGCUAGAUUACCAGAAGUCAUCCCUGUUGUAAGGAAAGCUCUCGCCUAUGAUGUCAAGAAAGGGUCUUUCAGUGUAGGUGCCCAUGUGAGGGAUUCAGCUUGCUAUGUCUGCUGGUCCUUUGCUAGGGCAUAUGACCCUGACGUCAUCACACCAUACGUCAAUGAGAUUGCUGCUGCUUUGCUCAUCACAACUGUCUUUGAUCGAGAAGUCAACUGCCGGAGAGCAGCAUCAGCUGCAUUCCAGGAGAAUGUGGGACGGCAAGGAACGUUUCCUCAUGGUAUCGACAUUGUCACAACAGCAGACUACUUUGCAGUUGGAAACCGCACCAAUACAUACCUCAAUAUCAGUUCAUAUCUAGCAGAUUUUGAGGAAUACACCUUGCCUCUUAUUGACCAUCUGUACAAAGUCAAGGUCGGACAUUGGGACGGUGCAAUACGUGAACUGACCUCACAAGCAUUACAUGAACUUACCAAGAAGGCACCUGAGUACAUGGCAAAAACAGUAUUGCCUGACUUGAUACCCAAGGCUACUGGCAUUGAUCUCAACACCAGACACGGUUCACUUCUCGCUGUAGCUGAAGUGACACACGCUCUCUACGAAUACGCUGAAAAGGAGUCAAGGUCUUUGGUGGACAUCAUAGGUUCUUCAAGUGUGGAAGGAUUAAAAGCAAUCACAAAAAAGAUGGAGGAAGGAAGGAUGUUUCGUGGUAUGACGGGUGAAAUCCUGCGUCCAGCUGUCUGCACCCUCAUCGGCAAACUCUCCCUGUCAAAGUUACCUUUCCAUGGAGAUCCCAUUAUUGACCAGUGGCAGACGUUGCUAGAUGACAACAUUGUGAGGUUACAGAGGACCGAGAGAGAUAUCCACAGUAAAUCAGUAGCAGCAGAGAGGAUGCUAUGUCAGGAGUACUAUCAGGAUGCCAAUGGCCAGGCAAUGCCUGGUAUCCAAGAUAAAGUGAUAGACCUGUACAUCAAAGGUUUGGAAGACCCCAAUGAGAUGGGUAGGAUGGGAGCAGCCUUGGUCCUUGGUGAACUCCCCAGGUUCAUGGUCAGAGGAAAGCUGCAUCAGAUCCUUGAAGGUCUUAUCAAGGCCAGUAUCUCAACCAAAGAUGUGGAUGCUAUCCAUGCAGAGUCCAGGAGAGAUGCCAUCCGUUCCAUUGCCAGGUUAUUUAAAACAGUUGACAUCAAUCCAGCUGGAAACCCCCAUGAAGAAGUGUGUGAGUCCAACCUUCCAUCCACAUACAACUGUUUGCUGCAAUCAUUGACGGACUAUACCACUGACAGCAGGGGUGAUGUGGGUGCAUGGGUCCGUGAAGCAGGCAUGAAGAGUCUUUAUGAUGUCACCAGUCUUCUGAGUAAGAAUCAACCAACUAUGCUCACACCAGAUAUAAUCUGUAAGGUAGUCCAGUGCCUGGCCCAGCAAGCCUCAGAGAAGAUUGACAGGACCAGGCUCUGUGCUGGGGAAGCUUUCCUAGGUCUACUCCACCAGUCCGACCCUGUCAUUCCACACAUACCUGAUAGGGAGGAGCUCAUCAAGGUCUUCCCAAAGGAAGACAUCAAGGGACUGAACUGGGCAGCGCCCUCUGACUGUUUUGCCAAGGUGACUCAGCUCCUCAAACUACCAACCUUCCAGUACCAUGUUCUUCUGGGUUUGACUGUGAGUGUGGGAGGCCUAACAGAGUCACUGGUCAAGCACUCUGCCCAGUCUCUUCUGUCCUUUAUCAAGACAUGCAGCUCAACUGAAGACCUGACUAGAUUCACCGACAACCUACUCAAGAUAUUCACUGACUAUCAGAAAGUGGACAGAGUUUCUGUACCGUUGAUGAAGAUGAUCAACCUCCUGCUAUCCAGUGGAAGCUUUGAAACCUUCGUGGAGGACCCUAGUCAUUCGUUUCCACUGAACCUCCUGCAACUGGUAAAGAAGGAGGUUGCCAAGACAGGCGAUGCCCAAAAGCUUCUCACAAGCAUAGAAGUGUUCUGUGGUAUGAUUCAGUUUGUUGGUGAACCUAGGAAGAAGAGCCUUAUUCAACUCAUGGUAUUCCUCUGUCAUAAGUACCCAAAGAUAAGAGGGACCACUGCUAACACACUCUAUGAGACGUUGAUGGUCUAUGAUGACAUCGUGGACGAGGAGAAGCAGGAGGAGGUCAUGACAAUACUCAUGGAAACAAACUGGCAAGAAUCGCAGGCCAAAUGUAGACCAGUCAGGAACCACAUCUGUGACCUGCUGGAAGUGCCCCAACCUGUUCUGAAGAACCCUCAGGCUGGUAAAGCUAAGAAGCAAGAGGAUGCUAAUGACCAGAUGGACAGUUAUCAAGAUCUUGUGUCAAGAUUGGGAUACUGAGGAGCAGAAUAUCUUCUACUGAUUCCCAUUCGUGCUGAUGAGUCAUCAGAAUAUAAUUACAAUUUUUCCUGUAUUUAAAAUAUAGGAAAUAUGUAAAUGAGAAAAGUAUUCUUGCAUUUAUGUAGAGUUAAAUGAGCAAUUUAAUGCACUGAAAUCUAAUUGCAAUGUGGCUAAUAUGAAAGUUUUCAUAUGACCUGCCCAAUCUUUUAUGAUUAAAUGAAGAAAAAAUCCUAUGAAAGCUAGAUGACUUGUAGUGGAAGUCAUCCGGUAGACAAAUAGUCCAUGAGACUGAUGGAAACCAAGAGCCUGUGAGAUUUACAAUGUCGGUUUUAUGAGCUUUCCAACAUGUUGUCAGGUCUUUAAAACCUACCUGUUGAUGUAGUGGACUAUUGAUUUCUAGACUGUCGGUUUUGUGGGAUGUGGCCGUGGAAGCAAUUUACCAGAAACAAAUCAAAUGUAACCGUGUCAUUAGGAAUAACAUGUCUUUAUCUUUGUCAUUGUUCCAGUAUUUCAAAAUCUUUGUAAUUAUAUAUUGCAAGGCAUUAUGGUGCAUUCAUUUUGACAAUGUAACCCAGGCCUAACCCAGGACACGUAUUUUUUAUUUACACGGCAGCGAGGGGAAAAAGCUCGAUUAAUUCCAAUGAAACCGCUCGCGGGGAGUCUAGUCUGUAGUGCGUGUACAGUGAUGAUGUACUAAAUAUGACUUGUGUUGUUGUCGAUGGUACUGUGUGUUGUUGGUACUUGGCCAAGGACAUCGCAUGUUGACGGUGUCACAUAUAAUAUAAUAUCAUACUGCCGUCUCUGUUUAUUUUUUCUAUCAAUUUUGUUUUCUUGUUUUCAUUUUGAUGUCUUUCUUCGUUUCCUUCUCUAGAUCUAGAGGUCUACAUGUUAAGUACAAUUCCCUUUAUAAUACAUUGCACUGCACUGCCGUACUCCGUGUGUGUGUGUGUCUUGGGUUUUUACAGACGUGUAUCAAUCCGAUUCAGUCUAGUGUAGACUCUUCGCGAGUGGUUUCAUUGGAAUUAAUCGAGAAAUUCCCCUCGCUGCCGUGUAAAUAAAAAAUACGCACCUGGGACAGAUAAUUUGGUCUGAUGCAAGUGAGUUCAGUUUAAAUAGUCAGUCUUGUGCAAAAUUCGUCCUGGUAUUUGGCAGUGUACAUGUAUGUGCAUGUCUCUUGGUGUAACAGUGGAUUAAAUGACGGGACAACAUUCCAUACAAGUUCAAAAGAUAAGUUUUCUGGCGAUCAUUCUGCUGUAUUUUUAUUUGUAUGUAAUAAACUGUUAUGGGCCAUUUCGUUGAAUCUUUUCUUCUCUGUAUCAUGUAUGAAUUGCUGAAAUGUUAUGCAGAUCAAGUCCAUAUAAAUGUACAAGCAUGAAUUGGAUUAGCAUUUUAGGUGAACCAUGACAGUUUUGGACUUCAGAUUUCAUGCAAUUAAAUAAAAAAUUAUCAAUAUUAAAUAUUAAAAAGUAGACACUUUCAAGGAAAUUUGUGCCUACUGUUUUUUGGAAGAACCAGGAUUUGGAAAUGGGAGGUGUCUGCAAAAUCUUUCUCUGCAUUCCAAGACCCUUAGCCAAAAUACAAGGGCAUACAGGUGGAAAAACACAUGUGCAUAAAAAACAACUUACACUGUCCAUGUUUUGUUCCUUCUAUAUAUGAAAUUGCCUUCAAAUGACUGUUUCUUUGUUUUGCUGUGUGUGAUGUACAGAUAUAAUUCCCUUGGAACUAAUGUAUACAGUUUACAAAUAAACAUGCUUGUGAUUUGUAUUCUUUCUAAAGCUUUGUUCUAAAUGUACAUAAUUCUUUAUCAAAUUUAUAUUUAUUUGAUGUAAAAAGUUUCUAUCAAACUAUUUGUACAUGCUUAAUUUUCCAUGCUUGAAGUUUUCUCUUUUUCAUAUAUUGUGUUUGUUUUGAUAGCCCAUGCAGUGUAGAUGUAGGUUAUAUUUUGUAACUCGUCUGCUCUAAUCCACUGAUAAGUUGACACAAUUAUAAAGUUCUUUGUUCAUUGUAUGCAAGUAGAGAUUAAACACCUGUAAUGGUAUUGUUUUCAGGCUAAUAAUAACAACUGAUAAUGAUAGGGACAACAAUCCUUCUCUAGCAAUAAUAGCCUUACCAUGUGAGAACUGAGAAAUCUUUUUCUCCUUGUGUGCUCCAUUGUUGGAUUUUCAUUCUUAUUGUUAUUUUGAAUCAGGAUUCACAUUCUGGAUUUGAUCAUUCCUCUGUUUGCUUUAUGUAACAUACAAUAUUAAUUUUCUUAAGAAAAGAUCUUUGUAAAAGCAUAAAACAACUUUUUUGAUUGCAUUCUAAUAGACAGGCAGUAUAGAUAAUGUGGCCCAGUGAUUUAAUUUAAAAUGAUGAUUACUUAAACAUAGCCUUACCUGUUGGACAAUAUACGUAUUGUUAAAAAAGGGCUGAAAUAUUAAAUGACAAAAGUGAAGAGAACAUAAUUUCUCACAUGUAAUAAAUCAAACCUGAAUCUUAA